AUGACACUGGACUCGGACUGUGCCUAUGGUCGCUGCCGUGCCUGGAGUGCCUGGAGACACGGCCGAUAUCGAUAUCGGGGUGGUGGUCGCGAGGACGCUACGUACCUAUGCGUAUAUGCGUCCGAGGAACUAUUGCUAGUCGAACUACUAAACGGUGUUGCGUUGCGAGAGCCGCGGGUCGCAGGGCGGCGAUCGAUCGCGUGGGCGGUGGGGGCGCGGGUGCGCGGGGGCGGCGGGCGGCGGUCGGCGGUCGAUAGCGCGCGACGCGGCCGCUGGCGCUCGGCUCCGCAGUCAGCACCGGGCGGCGCGCCGGCCGCGACUGACGCCACCCGCCCUGCCCCUGCCGGCGCCCGCCCAUCGAUCGCCCGCCGCCCGCCGCCCGCCGCCCGCCGCCCCCUGCGCCACCCGCCGCCCGUCUUCAUCUCACCCAUUCACUAUAACGAACGUAUUGAGCGAUGCGUGACUACGCAAUGGAACCUUCGACUCGUCGCUCCCUUACAUGUUCGGAUACUCAAUGUACGAGCCGGCCGUGCCACCGUCACCGUCACCGCCACCGAGCCGAGCGCCACCUCCCGCGGAAGUCGGCGCCGCUGGACGCGGUGCGCGCGCCUCCUUCUCAUUUCAUGUUCUCUUUGUUUAACGUUAUGACUAAUUGGAGAACAGUUAUUUUUUUAUCCUUACCUUAAAAUUAUUUGCCGCUAGGUAUUUAUUGCAACAGGUACUGCAUGAAAUCUUUAAUUUCACUGAUACUGUGAGGGCAUUAAACGUAACAAACACUCAUUAUUUCGGUACGUUUCCCCAGGAACUGGUGGAAGAGUAGAUUUACUUUCAUCUAUAUCAACCAUUGACCCACCAGUGGGAAUAAAUGAAAUAAAGGUGCCACUUUUAUCUACAGAUAAAUUGUAUUGUACAUAAUUAAAAACCUUAUUAAAAAAGUAAUUUUUUUUUUUAUCAAUUCCUCGUAUUCGCCCAAUGUUGCUGUCGAAUGACUAGCCCGUAGUCAUUGGUCGAUACUACUCAUAUUGUAAACGUGGAGGUUUGUAUAUCCUACGUUGACGUAAAGCCGCGGCACACAGCUAGUAUUAUCUAAUGCUUGGUAAACAUGGCAUGACCUUUGCCAUCAUUCGCGCUAGUGAACAAGUAGUAAAAUUUUCACUUGACGGACGGACGGACAGCAGUCCAUCAGACUGUCUGUCACAAGACUCUAACUUCUUAGUAAAAUAAUUUAAAAUACAAGCUAUGUAGAUUUUGAGAUAAACACACAGUCUAGGACGUAAAUAACACCGGUCAAGUGUACAUUGAACGUACAAGCCGAGGGUUCCGUACAGAAAAUAAUCUCUA